GAAAAAUAUAUAACCUAUAACCUGACUUUUUUAAAUUCUCAAAAUCCCAAAAACAUUAAAUAGAAAGUUGAAAUGUCCAAAGCUGCUGCAAGAUUAAAAUCACUCAAAAAAGUAACUGAGAAAAUACAGCAUGGAAAAAUUAGUACAAAUAUACCAGCAGGAAUGGCAACUGCAGGACCUCCAUUAGGGCCAAUGCUAGGACAGAGAGGAAUAAACAUUGCUGCUUUCUGUAAAGAUUUUAAUGAGAAAACCAAAGAUAUAAAAGAAGGUAUUCCACUACCUACAAGAAUAACAGUAAAUCCAGAUAGAAGUUAUGAACUUCAAAUUAAUAAACCCCCUAUUGUAUAUUUUUUAAAACAGGCAGCAGGUAUUCAAAGAGCUGCUAUGGAACCAGGUAAAGAAAUUGCUGGCAGGGUAACCCUAAAACAAGUAUAUGAAAUAGCUAAAAUCAAACAGUCUGAUCCGUAUCUAGAAAUAAGACCUCUUUUAGACAUAUGCAAUAUGAUAGUUGGAAUAGCAAAAUCCUGUGGAAUUGAAGUUGUAAGAAAUUUAGAUGCAACUGAGUAUGGCGAAUUUCUUAAAGAAAGAAAAUUAAUAGAAGAACAACAGAAGAAGGAAUUACAAGAAAAGAAAGAAGCCAAAAUGUUAAGAACUGGUUAAACUGUAUAAUAAUGUUAAUAGAUAUAGCUGUAUAGUAAUGUUUUAUUAAAAUUACAUUUUAA